GUGUACACAUCUGGGAAAGGCAGCAGCGCAGCUGGCCUGACAGCCUCGGUGAUGAGGGACCCAUCAUCCCGGAACUUCAUCAUGGAGGGCGGAGCCAUGGUCCUGGCUGAUGGUGGAGUUGUCUGCAUUGACGAGUUUGACAAGAUGCGAGAAGAUGACCGCGUGGCAAUCCAUGAAGCCAUGGAGCAGCAGACCAUCUCUAUUGCCAAGGCUGGGAUCACCACUACCCUGAACUCUCGCUGCUCUGUCCUGGCUGCUGCCAACUCUGUGUUCGGCCGCUGGGAUGAGACGAAGGGAGAGGACAACAUCGACUUCAUGCCUACCAUCCUGUCACGCUUCGACAUGAUCUUCAUCGUCAAGGACGAGCACAAUGAGGAGAGGGACAUG